UUGCGCAGACAAUUUCUUUCUGAAGGGAGUUCAGCAGUAUUUUUAUUUAUAUUUUUGAGAAAUACAAAUAGUUCAUGAAAUGUGUAUGCUUUUGAAGUAAAUCGUAUUCUAGUUCAAAAGGCACUGAUGUGGUAUUCAUUAUAAGGAAAGUUAUACAUUUGAAACUAAGGAAUAUUUCAUUUUCCGCAAAAUGGCAGAUUCACAAGCCCAUCAGUCAAACCAGAAUCCAGAUUUUCUAGGAAGGAGACUUGUAAGAAUGGAUUUGAAUCUGCCUCUUUCAUCUCAACAUCAACAUAACAAUUUCCAAUUUCGUCCAUUGCCAACAACAUUAGGCUCCACUUCCUCAGACCAUGGGUUAACAGCUACUUCGAUUAGACCAAAGAUGAGCCUACCAUCAAUACCAAAAACUGCAAUUGACCCUAUGCACGAUAAAACAAGAUAUCGACAAAAGCAUAAGACAAAGUCAAAGUCAAGUGCUGCUCCUUCUGAAAGUAUUAAACCAAGAGAAACCAGAUUUAAGAUAUGCCAAAAUAUGCAUUCCACUGGAAAACUCACUUUCGAUGGAGUUACCUAUGAUUUUACUUCGGAAGAUCUACAGGAUAUGGGUGAAAUAGGAAGAGGUGGUUUUGGAACUGUCAACAAAAUGAUUCAUAGGAAAUCAGGAAUUGUGAUUGCGGUGAAAAGAAUCAGAUCGACAGUGGACGAGAAAGAACAGAAGCAAUUGCUUAUGGAUCUUGAUGUCGUUAUGAAGAGCAAUGAAUGUAAAUAUAUAGUACAAUUUUAUGGAGCCUUAUUCAAAGAGGGUGAUUGCUGGAUUUGUAUGGAACUAAUGGAUACUUCUUUAGACAAAUUUUACAAAUUUAUCUAUGAGAAAUUGAAAAAACGGAUACCCGAAGCUAUACUUGGAAAAAUAGCCUUGGCGACGGUCAAAGCUCUAAAUUAUCUCAAGGAGGAGUUGAAGAUAAUCCACAGGGAUGUGAAACCUAGCAAUAUUCUGCUUGAUAAAGGCGGAAAUAUAAAAUUAUGCGAUUUUGGUAUCUCUGGCCAACUCGUCGAUUCUAUCGCAAGGACCAAGGAUGCUGGCUGUCGUCCUUAUAUGGCGCCUGAAAGAAUCGAUCCGCAAGUGGGCUCAAAAGGCUACGAUGUACGCAGCGACGUAUGGUCCCUAGGAAUCACGUUGAUGGAGGUGGCAACCGGCAGAUUUCCCUAUCCCAGAUGGAACAGCGUUUUCGAUCAGUUGCACCAGGUGGUCAACGGAGAGGCACCUCGCUUGACCAACAACAGCAACCAUAACACCUUCACUGCUGAGUUUGUAAACUUUGUAAAUACCUGCUUAAUAAAAGACGAACACCUCAGACCAAAAUACAAUAAACUACUGCAGGAUCCUUUCAUCCUACGAUCGCAGAAAGAAGUGGUAGAUGUGGCCGCAUACGUUUCUGAGAUAAUGGACGAGAUGGCCAACAACGGUAUAAGUGCGUUCACGACAAAUCAGCAGUUUUAAAACCGGCGAAUGAAUGGUCCUUGGUAGGAUGGAUCAUACCUCAGGUCCCUAUGAAACGGUGUAUUCGGUUAUGUCAGUGUGAUUAAUUAGAUUUCGGUGUUGUUCCAUUACGGCUGGAGUUUCUUCUUUAUCUUAUUUUACAGCGAAACGAUUUACCAAGUUUUCUACGAUUGUAGGUUAAAAAUAACUGUGAUAUUAGCGGUUACUGAUGUUUACCGUUUUAAACUUGUUGAUUAGAUUUUUUUAAGCCGACUUGAAACGUCUCGAGGAACCCAUAGGUAAUUUCGAGCUGUAAUGAAACGAGCAGUUUGGGAAUUUUCACACAAUUCCAGUCCUAAUGGAAUUUGCAGUUAGUUAUCGGACAUGCUGUUGCAUGUUUUAAGGAGAAGGACUUUUUGCCGAUCGCCAUUCAAGUUGAAUCGCGGAUUUAAAUUGAUGAUACAUCUUUUUGAUUCUUAUCAAUUUCGGAUUAUUAUUUAGGAAAAAUGACUUCAGUACGUUUAUGAACACCUAUUUUAAAUUAAUCAGAUAUUGGAUUUUUGGACAUUGAAUGACAUGUUUUUUCAGACCUUAGAGAACAAAGUGUGAAUGUUUUAUAGUGGCUUCCCACUCGGAGUAAAUUUUUCUAUAAAAAUUUCAUCCAGAAAUUUCGUUAAAAAAAGUAUUCUGUCAAAAAUGAAUAUUUGAUUAAAUUGAUAUGUUUAAACAGACAUUCUGGAAAGUUACCAAUAAAAUCACACUUCCUUUACAGAAGGGUCCAUAUUUCAAGAUCGGUAAAAAGAUAAUGUACAGGGUGAUCAAAAUUGGCGAUAUCUGAACUACAACUCUUCAACAUCAAGAAAUAAAGGAAAAUGAAUGAGAGAUUGUGAUAAUAAUUUUCGAGAAACACAAAAUGGCGUCUAAAAUGGCAAUUUUGUCUUAUGACUCAGAUGAAGAACAAAAAAAUAAGUACAAUACGCCAUUCAUUUUCUUCUUCUCAUAUGGUGAAAAAAAAUGUUGUAUCACUUAAUAAAUUGUCGAAAUUGUUGUUCACAGUAAGGCAGGUUUGUUAGAACCAGUGUGUUAAAGUUUGCCUGCCCUACGAAAACCAAACCUUUUGACAAUUGGUUUAGAGUGCCCUAUUUUGCCCACCCUGUACAUCUCGUGGAAGAAGGCAACUUUGAAUUUUGCCAACGUAGAUUUACAUUGUUUUUAUGUAAGGCAGAAAUAUUUCCUGUUAAGUUAACAGAAUAAUAAGGAGUUGAAGUACGAGUAUACACCAAUAAUAUUAGGAAUGCAAAAAUAUAUAACAACUUUACAUAGAUUGUGAAUACCGUUUUUAUUCAUAUACCUACAGUUGUUCAAAAACAAACAAGAAGUAAUCAUUUUUGCGGUAUCAAUUGGAGUGAACAGAUGAUAAUUUUUCGAUACUUUUUCUUUGUUUUUGAAUGGUUUUUGGUCAGGUUUUAGUAAUAUUGUUUGUCGAAAACCUUCCUAGUGUUGAAUAGUUGAAUUUACCUCAAGUAAGAUGAAAAAGUCCAUUGUAAAUUUUCAAGCCAUUGUGAUUAUUGGUUUAGUCAUAUUUAUAUUUUUCCCAGAGGAUCUAAAUAUGAUUUAAGUGUUCCUCAAUUAAUAAUUUUUCCAAGGUGCUUGUUAAUCACAUUUUCUUACAGGAUGUGAUGCAUUAAUUUACCUUAUUUAUUUAUUGAAAUUCGAGCAAUAUUAUGGUAUGAAUGUAAUUGAUUAAUUCUUUGAAUUUUUUUCGUGUUUAAUUGGAAAGUAUUGUGUGCAGAUUAUUUUAGAACGUCCUGUAAAUUUCAAAUUGAUAUAAAUAUCAACUUGUGUCUUAAAAAGUUGCUUGUUGUAUUUUAUUGUACAUAUAUUGAGUGUAUUGUUAAUAUUAAAUUAUUUUGUACUCGAUUGUUUUAGUGUAUUGUUUAUUUACCAAUAAAAAUGUUGAUGAACUUGUAAAAUAAACGAAAUUAUUGGUA